GAGAGAGAGAGGGAGAGAGAGACAGAGAGGUCCAGAAGGCUUUGGAGCAGUGAAAGAAGAAAGAAGACUAACUGCAGCCAGAUUUCCACUCUCUACAACCAAAAACAAAGUGAAUACUUUUCUCUGAAAAAAGUUAGAAAACCGGCCAUGGACGGGAUAACGUUUGGACGCACGUCGCUCCUGUGCACCUUGCUCUGGGCAUUGAUAGUAUGCAGUGAGGCUCUGAAUGUGAAGGUGGCUCCUAAAGUGGAGGUGUUAAAAGGAGAGACUGCCAAACUGCCCUGCACUUUUACUGUUUCAUCAUCAGCAAGCAACCCUAUUGUUGAAUGGUACUUUGAGGAGCAGGGAACCAGGAGGCGCGUGGCUUUCCGCUCCCAGGGUGGAGAUGGAAGUGACGAGAACACCCCUCUCACUGGCAGGGUCGCUAUCGAAGAGGACUACACCUUGACCAUCUCCUCCACUCAGCCCUCCGACGAGCUUACCUUCUACUGCCAAGUCAACACCGGCCUCGCUGGGGUCGCAGAAGCUGCCACUAUGCUUAAAGUCUUCUUUGCUCCCGAGAAGCCAGAACUCACAAGACCAUCGAGUCAGGCUAUUUCUGUGGGAGAGACCACCAGCUCCGAGAUUGGCACCUGUGUGACAAUGAAUGGACAUCCCCAGCCAAGAAUUAUCUGGUUCAAAGAUGAACAGCCGCUACCUGAAGUCAAAGACAGGAAAGAGCAGACCUACAUGAUUCCCUCUGUGGUGAAGGAGGCCUCGGGUCUCUACACUAUCACGAGCACCCUGUACAUGCAGCCCACCAAGGCCGACAAGGACUCUGUGUUCCAGUGCACUGUGGAGUACAGCAUGCCAGGCGACCAGAUCAAACAGAAGAAGUCUGACACCAUCACCAUCAACCUCAACUAUCCAUCUGAGGAAGCGACAUUUUCCCUUCUCAACACCGAUCAAGUCAAAGAGGGCGAUACUGUCACUAUGAAGUGUGAGACUGAUGGAAACCCACAGCCUGAGUUUGACUUCACUAAAGACGGAAAAAUGAUCAGUGGUCAGGGUGGUCUCCUGACGCUGAAAUCUGUCAAGCGCACGGACACCGGUGUGUACAAAUGCACCGCCACAGAUUUCGAUAACUUGGACGCUGACCUGAGCGGAACAAUCAACCUCAAUGUCCACUACAUCGACCCGGUGAACGUGAUCCCUGCCGAACCUCAAGUCGUCAUGCUUGGAGACAAGGUGGAAUGGCAGUGUAAGACCAAGGCCUCCACUCAGCACACUGUUCAGUGGAAAAAGGGCUCUGAGGUCCUCUCUCAGGAUGGCACUCUGUCAAUACAAGAUGUUUCCUAUGAUAAAGCUGGAGAGUACAUGUGUAUUGGAGCCGUUCCAUCUGUGCCAGGACUGACAGCCGAGGCUACUGUCAGCCUCACUGUCAAAGGAAAGCCGAUGAUUGAGACUCCGGUUCCUACAGAGGUGGGGAAGGAAGACGACAUGGUGACUCUGAAGUGCUCGGCCUACGGCUCCCCUGCCCCUCAGUUCACAUGGAAUCCUGCAGGAAAAGAGUCGGUAUCAGUGGAGGGUAACAAGUUGGUGAGCACCGUGACCCUGAAAGCCACAGCCGAGGUCAUGAAGAACGGGGUGACCUGCGAGGUCACCAACGAGUUUGGAACUGAUAGCAAGAAAUUGCCGGUAUCUCUCACAAGAGCAAUUGACAACACGGCUGACAGAGUGCUGCUCUCUGGAAACCCUGUGCUUAAGUCAGCUGACAAACAGCAGGGAGGCUCCAGCGGGGUGGUGAUAGCCGUGGUGGUGUGUGUUCUGCUGCUCCUGCUGCUGGUGGCCCUCAUCUACUUCCUGAACAAGAAGAGCAAGCUGCCCUGCAGCAAGAAGGGCAAGAAGGAAGUGGCCAGCGGAGAGGUGAACAACGACAUUGUAGUGGAGAUGAAGACAGACAAGGCCAAUGAAGAGGCCGGUCUCCUCAACAAGAGACCGUCCACAGAACAGUGAUGAACAGAGUCGAGGGAAGCAAACGACAGAGAUGAAGGGAAGGAGGACGACUGAUAUGAAGACAACAGGGCUAAUUUUUAUUUACUACACUAGAGGAGCGAUGGGGGGGGGG